CGGCUGCGCCUGCGCUGCGAGAUCCGCGCUCGCGGGUGGAGCGCGGAAGGCUGGCGGGCAUCACUGCAGCUCGGGAUGAUGGCGGCGGCCACGGCCCGGGGAGGCAGCGGCGGCUCCGGCUCUGGCUCCGGCUCCGGCUCUGGUUCCAAUGCCGGCGCCUCGCGGGGCUUCUACUUCAACACCGUCCUGUCACUGGCCCGCUCCCUAGCCGUGCAGAGACCCGCAUCGUUGGAGAAGGUCCAAAAGCUGCUUUGCAUGUGCCCAGUGGAUUUCCACGGGAUCUUCCAACUAGAUGAAAGGCGGAGAGAUGCGGUUAUUGCACUGGGUGUUUUUCUCAUUGAGUCAGAUCUACAGCACAAAGCUUCCAUUGUUCCUUACCUUCUUCGGCUUCUCAAAGGUCUUCCCAAAGUAUAUUGGGUAGAAGAAAGCACAGCUCGGAAGGGCAGAGGUGCCCUCCCAGUUGCGGAGAACUUCAGCUUCUGCUUGGUGACUUUGCUGUCUGAUGUAGCGUAUAGGGACCCUUCCCUUAGAGAUGAGAUUUUGGAGGUGCUUUUGCAGGUUUUACAAGUCCUUUUGGGAAUGUGCCAGACUUUGGAGAUUCAAGAAAAAGAAUACCUUUGCAAAUACGCAGUCCCAUGCCUGAUAGGAAUCUCACGAGCAUUUGGGCGUUACAGCAACAUGGAAGAGUCUCUCCUGUCGAAGCUCUUUCCCAAAAUCCCUCCACAUUCCCUCCGAGUCCCAGAGGAGCUCGAAGGCGUUCGGAGGCGUUCCUUCAAUGACUUCCGCUCCAUCCUCCCCAGCAAUUUGCUGACGGUCUGUCAGGAGGGUACCCUGAAGAGGAAGACCAGCAGUGUGUCCAGCAUCUCUCAGGUCAGCCCAGAACGUGGGAUGCCCCCUCCCAGCUCACCUGGAGGAUCCGCCUUUCACUACUUUGACGUCUCUUGCUUACCUGAUGGGAGUGCCCUGGAGCCUGAUUACUACUUCUCCACUGUCAGUUCCAGCUUCUCAGUUUCUCCUCUUUUCAAUGGCAUUACCUAUAAGGAGUUCGAUAUUCCGCUAGAAAUGCUUCGGGAACUUUUAAACUUGGUGAAGAGGAUCGUCGAGGAGCCUGUUCUCAAGUCUUUGGAUGCCGUCGUAGCCAGUGUCACAGAGGCCAACCCCGGUGCAGACCUCUACUACUCCACCUUCAGCGACCCACUCUACGUGGCCAUGUUCAAGAUGCUGCGGGACACUCUAUACUGCAUGAAGGACCUCCCGACCUCCUUUGUGAAGGAGAUCCAUGAUUUUGUGCUGGAGCAGUUCAACACGAGCCAGGGGGAGCUCCAGAAGAUUCUUCAUGAUGCUGACCGAAUCCACAGUGAGCUCAGCCCCCUCAAGCUGCGCUGCCAGGCCAGUGCUGCCUGCGUGGACCUCAUGGUGUGGGCUGUGAAGGACGAGCAGGGUGCAGAAAAUCUUUGUAUCAAGCUGUCCGAGAAGCUGCAGUCCAAGACAUCCAGCAAAGUCAUCAUUGCUCACUUGCCCUUGCUGAUCUGCUGUUUGCAGGGCUUGGGUCGCCUGUGUGAGAGGUUCCCAGUGGUGGUGCACUCAGUGACGCCAUCUCUGCGAGACUUCCUGGUCAUCCCAUCCCCGGUGCUGGUGAAGCUGUACAAGUACCACAGUCAGUACCACACAGUUGCUGGCAAUGAUAUAAAAAUCAGCAUAACCAAUGAGCAUUCUGAGUCGACCCUGAAUGUUAUGUCGGGAAAGAAGAGCCAGCCCUCCAUGUACGAGCAGCUUCGAGACAUCGCCAUCGACAACAUCUGCAGAUGCCUGAAAGCUGGCCUGACAGUGGACCCAGUGAUCGUGGAGGCCUUCCUGGCCAGUCUGUCCAACCGGCUGUACAUCUCACAGGAAAGCGACAAGGAUGCUCACCUGAUUCCCGACCACACGAUCCGGGCCUUAGGGCACAUCGCGGUGGCCCUGAGGGACACUCCCAAGGUCAUGGAACCAAUUUUGCAGAUCCUGCAGCAGAAAUUCUGCCAGCCCCCCUCCCCCCUUGAUGUGCUCAUCAUCGAUCAGCUGGGCUGCCUGGUUAUCACUGGAAAUCAAUACAUCUAUCAGGAGGUGUGGAAUCUCUUCCAGCAGAUCAGUGUGAAGGCCAGCUCCGUUGUGUACUCAGCCACUAAGGACUACAAGGAUCAUGGCUAUAGGCACUGCUCCUUGGCUGUGAUCAAUGCCCUGGCCAACAUUGCGGCCAACAUCCAGGACGAGCACCUCGUGGAUGAGCUGCUGAUGAACCUGCUGGAGCUGUUUGUGCAGCUGGGGCUGGAAGGGAAGCGGGCCAGCGAGAGGGCCAGUGAGAAAGGCCCCGCCUUGAAGGCCUCCAGCAGCGCGGGGAACUUGGGAGUGCUCAUUCCUGUAAUAGCUGUGCUCACCCGCCGACUGCCGCCCAUCAAGGAAGCCAAGCCGCGGCUACAGAAGCUCUUCCGGGACUUUUGGCUCUACUCUGUCCUGAUGGGGUUCGCCGUGGAGGGCUCAGGGCUCUGGCCAGAGGAGUGGUACGAGGGCGUCUGCGAGAUAGCCACCAAGUCUCCCUUACUCACCUUCCCCAGCAAGGAGCCGCUGCGCUCUGUCCUACAGUACAAUUCAGCGAUGAAGAAUGACACAGUUACCACGGCUGAGCUGGGUGAGCUUCGCAGCACCAUCAUCAACCUGCUGGACCCUCCUCCUGAAGUGUCUGCCCUCAUCAACAAGCUAGACUUCGCCAUGUCCACCUAUCUCCUGUCUGUUUACCGACUGGAAUAUAUGAGGGUGCUGCGUUCAACAGACCCUGAUCGCUUCCAGGUGAUGUUCUGCUACUUUGAGGAUAAGGCUAUUCAAAAAGACAAAUCAGGGAUGAUGCAGUGUGUGAUUGCCGUCGCCGACAAAGUGUUCGACGCCUUCCUGAACAUGAUGGCAGAGAAAGCCAAGACCAAGGAGAACGAAGAGGAGCUGGAACGGCACGCACAGUUUCUGCUGGUGAACUUCAACCACAUCCACAAGAGAAUAAGGAGGGUGGCCGACAAGUAUCUGUCUGGCCUGGUGGAUAAGUUCCCUCAUCUGCUCUGGAGCGGGACAGUGCUGAAGACCAUGCUGGACAUCCUGCAGACCCUGUCGCUAUCGCUGAGUGCUGAUAUUCACAAGGACCAGCCGUACUACGACAUCCCCGACGCCCCCUACCGGAUCACGGUUCCUGACACAUACGAGGCCCGAGAGAGCAUUGUGAAGGACUUUGCUGCGCGCUGUGGAAUGAUUCUACAAGAGGCAAUGAAGUGGGCGCCGACGGUCACCAAGUCCCAUCUGCAGGAAUACCUGAACAAACAUCAGAACUGGGUAUCAGGACUGUCCCAGCAUACUGGGCUGGCCAUGGCCACUGAGAGCAUCCUCCACUUCGCUGGCUACAACAAGCAGAACACGACUCUCGGGGCAACUCAGCUGACUGAGCGUCCAGCCUGUGUGAAGAAAGACUACUCCAACUUCAUGGCGUCCCUGAAUCUGCGCAACCGCUACGCUGGAGAGGUCUGUGGAAUGAUCCGGUUCUCAGACGCUACAGGCCAAAUGUCCGACCUGAACCAAAUGAUGGUCCAGGAGCUGAGUACAGCAUUGGACCUUGGCAGCCCUCAGGACUAUACACAGGCCAUGUUCAAGCUGACCGCCAUGCUCAUCAGCAGCAGAGAUUGUGACCCUCAACUCCUCCAUCACCUGUGCUGGGGUCCCCUCCGGAUGUUCAAUGAGCAUGGCAUGGAGACCGCUCUGGCUUGCUGGGAGUGGCUGCUGGCUGGCAAGAAUGGCGUGGAAGUGCCGUUCAUGCGGGAGAUGGCAGGGGCCUGGCAAAUGACAGUGGAGCAAAAGUUCGGCCUGUUUUCUGUGGAGGUUAAGGAAGCAGACCCUCUGGCAGCGUCAGAAGCAUGUCAGCCAAAACCCUGUCCCCCUGAAGUGACGCCCCACUACAUCUGGAUCGAUUUCCUGGUGCAAAGGUUUGAGAUUGCCAAGUACUGCAGCUCCGACCAAGUGGAGAUCUUCUCCAGCCUCCUUCAGCGCUCCAUGUCCCUGAACAUCGGCGGGGCCAAGGGGAGCAUGAAUCGCCACGUGGCAGCCAUUGGGCCCCGCUUCAAGCUGUUGACCCUGGGGCUGGCUCUUCUGCAUGCCGAUGUGGUCCCCAAUGCGACUAUUCGCAACGUGCUCCGGGAGAAGAUCUACUCAACUGCCUUUGACUACUUCAGUUGUCCCCCCAAGUUCCCGACUCAAGGAGAGAAGAGACUACGUGAAGAUAUCAUCAUCAUGAUUAAGUUUUGGAUGGCCAUGUUCUCAGAUAAGAAGUACCUCACUGCCAGCCAGCUCGUUCCCCCAGAUAACCAAGACACGCGGAGCAACCUGGACAUAACAGUUGGCUCUCGACAGCAGGCCACGCAAGGCUGGAUCAACACGUACCCAUUGUCCAGUGGCAUGUCCACCAUCUCCAAGAAGUCAGGGAUGUCUAAGAAGACCAACCGGGGCUCCCAGCUGCACAAGUACUACAUGAAGCGCAGGACGCUGCUGCUGUCCCUGCUGGCCACCGAGAUUGAACGCCUCAUCACGUGGUACAACCCACUGUCAGCACCAGAGCUGGAGCUGGACCAGGCAGGGGAGAACAGCGUGGCCAAUUGGAGGUCCAAAUACAUUGGCCUGAGUGAGAAGCAGUGGAAAGACAACGUGAACCUCGCCUGGAGCAUCUCUCCUUACCUGGCCGUGCAGCUGCCAGCUAGGUUUAAGAACACGGAAGCCAUCGGUAACGAGGUGACCCGUCUGGUCCGCUUGGACCCAGGAGCUGUUAGUGAUGUCCCUGAAGCUAUCAAGUUCCUGGUCACCUGGCACACCAUCGAUGCUGACGCGCCAGAGCUCAGCCAUGUGCUCUGCUGGGCACCCACGGACCCGCCCACCGGCCUCUCCUACUUCUCCAGCAUGUACCCGCCGCACCCACUCACCGCACAGUAUGGGGUCAAGGUCCUGCGGUCGUUCCCUCCGGACGCCAUCCUGUUCUACAUUCCACAGAUCGUGCAGGCCCUCAGGUACGACAAGAUGGGCUACGUGCGGGAGUACAUCCUGUGGGCAGCAUCCAGAUCCCAGCUGCUGGCCCACCAGUUCAUCUGGAACAUGAAAACUAACAUUUAUCUGGAUGAAGAGGGGCACCAGAAGGAUCCUGACAUUGGCGAUCUGCUUGAGCAGUUGGUGGAGGAGAUCACAGGCUCCUUGUCGGGCCCAGCCAAGGACUUCUACCAGCGGGAAUUUGACUUCUUCAACAAGAUCACCAAUGUGUCGGCCAUCAUCAAGCCCUACCCUAAAGGAGAUGAGAGAAAGAAGGCAUGUCUGUCCGCGCUGUCUGAGGUGAAAGUACAGCCAGGCUGCUACCUGCCCAGCAACCCUGAGGCCAUUGUCCUGGACAUUGACUACAAAUCUGGGACCCCAAUGCAGAGUGCGGCAAAGGCCCCGUACCUGGCCAAAUUCAAGGUGAAGCGGUGUGGAGUGAGUGAGCUUGAGAAAGAAGGGCUGCGGUGUGGCUCCGACUCUGACGAGAGUGGCACGCAGGAGGCUGACGCCCAGAAGAUCUCCUGGCAGGCUGCCAUCUUCAAAGUUGGGGACGACUGCAGACAGGACAUGCUGGCCCUGCAGAUCAUCGACCUCUUCAAGAACAUCUUCCAGCUGGUUGGCCUGGACCUCUUUGUGUUUCCCUACCGGGUGGUAGCCACUGCCCCUGGGUGUGGGGUGAUCGAGUGUAUCCCCGACUGCACCUCGAGAGACCAGCUGGGCCGCCAGACGGACUUCGGCAUGUAUGACUACUUCACACGCCAGUAUGGAGACGAGUCCACCUUAGCCUUCCAGCAGGCCCGCUACAACUUUAUCCGGAGCAUGGCCGCCUACAGCCUCCUGCUGUUCCUGCUGCAGAUCAAAGACAGGCACAACGGCAACAUCAUGCUGGACAAGAAGGGCCACAUCAUCCACAUCGACUUUGGCUUCAUGUUUGAAAGCUCACCGGGUGGCAACCUGGGCUGGGAGCCGGACAUCAAGCUGACAGAGGAGAUGGUGAUGAUCAUGGGGGGCAAGAUGGAGGCCACGCCCUUCAAGUGGUUUAUGGAGAUGUGUGUCCGUGGCUACCUGGCGGUGAGGCCCUACAUGGAUGCAGUUGUCUCCCUGGUCACUCUCAUGUUAGACACAGGCCUGCCCUGUUUCCGAGGCCAGACAAUCAAGCUCUUGAAGCACAGGUUCAGUCCCAACAUGACAGAGCGAGAGGCUGCAAAUUUCAUCAUGAAGAUCAUUCAGAACUGCUUCCUCAGCAACAGGAGCCGGACCUAUGACAUAAUCCAAUACUAUCAGAAUGACAUCCCGUACUGAGCAUAGCGCCAUCUGCCUUCCUGCACGCUACAGCCAGCGCGCUCGGGUAGCUCUGUGUGUGUGCGUACGCUCAUGCAGUCCCUUCCUGCAGCCAUGAGCCAUGUGGUCUCUUGGACAAGCCUUCCAACUCUGGGCUGCUGCGCAGGAGACGCACACCUGGUGGGCAGAGCCAUAGGCGGCCUGCCUCCACCCAGUGGAUUUUUUACAAGAGAAGACCCAUACCUUCAGAGCUUGGCAAUCUGGUCUUCCCUUACGUGUGACAUGUGUAGUGUUGCUUUGGUGACGUUGUAAAAAUGAAAGUUGUCUGAUGGCACUGUCUGCAUUGGUGUGAAUACUUUGUUUGCACUGGACACAUUCCUACCUGUCUUAUUUCGUUGGUACCUGAAGUAUUUUUGUGCACGUGUAAAAAAAAAAUUAUAUCCAACUUGGACAAAAUAAAAACUCUAAAAACUCUAAAAAGUUCCUGAGGUUUAAUGUCAAAUAUUAAGUCCGCGUUCAGCU